AGGCAGAGGCUAUAAGCUGCACAUUCACGACCUCGCGCCCGUCUUGCUCACCUACUCUUUCUCUCGCUAUUUAUCUGCGAAUACUCUACUGCUUCUCUGACAUCUGGGACUCAACUCUACACACGCAUGCUAGUCUGCCAUGGCCCUCUCUCAGUCCCCGCGCAAAGUUGUUCCCCUCGCCUCUGGUGACGACUACCCACCGCGCCCUAAGGCGCGGUCCACCGGCGCAAACGUUACAAGACGCGUCUUUCUGUGCGGAGUGGUCGUAGAAGGCGCAGAUAGCGGGCGGGAACUUUCGCAAGAUGUUCAGGAUCUCGUAGCAUCCCUUGGCGAACCUAUGGACCUGGAGUCAGAACCUUUAUCACCUUCCUCCGCUCGGGAACACGCUAACCUCACGAACAUAGGUAAUCGCGUACCAGCGACCACGAACGCAGACUCUCUCAACGAAGUGGUCAAGGAGCUCGUUAGCACCGAGCGCUCCUAUGUCAAACGGCUCCGCAUCCUCAAGACUGAUUAUGCAGACCCAUUACGCAGCUUCGCGCGAAAUAAGGACACCGCGAUCAUUCCACCGUACGAAGCCAAGACCCUGUUCGGAAACAUCGACCACCUCUUACCCGUAAACGAAGCCUUCCUCACCGACCUCGAGAAGAUGGAGAAGAUGGCUCUCAAGGGCGGGCUCGGGGUUGGUGAUGUGGCACUCAAGCACUUCAAGACAUUGAGGGGUUUCGAACACUACAGACAAUACUACGCUAAACGGGAAGAGGCGCAGCGGAUCUUCGAGCAUGAAGUAAAGAGGUCAUCUCGGUUCUCCGAGUAUAUUGACCGUGUCAAAUACUCCACGGCCGACAUGCGCAACAAAGUCGGUCUUCGCGAGCUCCUGAUGGAGCCGGUGCAGCGCAUCCCGCGGUACACGCUCAUGUUCCGCACGAUGUUGAAGCACAUGGGCGCGUCGGAUCCACAGCGUGCGCCCCUGCAGGAAGCAGACGAUAUCGCGAGCCGGAUCGCCCUUGCGGAGACCGACGAUCAGACGAAGCGCGCCGCCACUCUCUACAGCCUCGCAAGCACUGUGGACGACUUCCCCGUUGCGCUUGUGUCGAAUUCACGCCAGUUCCUGGCAUGUAUUGACGUGCAAGAUGUGAUCGCGCCAGACCCUUUCAUGGCCGUGUCAUCAAAUGGGCCUGCAGCUGCACUGGUGCUGCACUGUACGCUAUUCCUUUUCGACGACAAACUCGUAAUUGUCAAGAGGCCCGCGGAGAAGGGCGGGCGUACGCUCGCAGGACUCGACCAACCUGAUCGUCCGACAAAGGUUGCAGGCGGGAAGAGUGCGAAGAAGACUGGGCUAGUGUGCAAGGGCGUCAUAGACAUCACCGACAUUGUUGCCACAGAUGUAGGCGGAGCCGACUUUCACAUGUACCUCGAGAACCCGCCCACAGACGUGUCCGAGCGGUGGGCUGCCCGGCAGUUCCGCUCGCUCUCUGUCGUGUUCCCUCCUUCACCUGUCUACCUGGAUCCCCAGCGCACCGAGUCGGAGAAGCAUCGCUUCCUGGAACAGCUGUGGGAUGCGCAGGCACGUUUCCGAACACGCGCGGGGCGGUCCGUCGUUCUUCGCGGCGACGAGAGGGAGGUGGAGAAUCGGGGCGGGAGGGUGACGAUGGCGCGGCCGUACUUCAAUGUCUACACACGCACAAGCUUCCUCCAGGAGCCUAAGAAGACGAAGAUUGUCAUGCACGUCGACCCGAUGGGCGUCGCAGAUGCCAUCUCGUUCGGCUCUCAUGCACCGCCGUACGUCGUAGUGCGCGUGCAGCCUAUGGCGGGAGAGCUAGCCCGGUACAAGGUGACCUCGAGCGACCCCGAUGACGAGCCCGAGGAGGACAUCAUGCAAACCAGCCGCAUUCCAGAGCGCAUUGUGCAAACUAUACAUCAGUAUGGUCUGUUCAAGUUCAGCACCGGCAACGUGUCGCGCCCUACGACGCCUACAGCCUCGCGCUCGCGUACUGCCAUGUUCGGGCUCGACGUCAUCUCGCGCAACCUCUUCGGCACGCGCCCCGGGUCCGGCAUGGGCGACUUCUUCGCGGGCUCGAUGAACGGCCACCGCCGCUCGCGUACCGCGAACGCCGACAGCCGCACCUCGACGCUCACGAGCAACGGCGGGAGCAGCAUCGGCCGCUUCUCGCGCACCUCGAGCAACUCGGCCACCACCGCGGGCACGUCGCUGCAUGAGGACGACGGCUCGCCCCCGGCCAGCGGUGGGUCGUUCUCGAAGAGCACGUCGUCGGGCGGGCGGGCGCGGUCGCUGUCGCGGGGCGCGAAGAAGCUCGUGAAGCGCGCGAAGUCGCCGUUUGCGGCGGAUGUGGCGAGCGAGCCAGAGAGUCCUGCGCGCCCGAAGGAGACGGCGAAGGGCAAGGGCAAGGACUCGUAUUCGCGCCGACGGUCGAUGUCUACCAGCCAGGCGGAUGUGCUGCAGGCGGAAGCGGCGGCGGCAGAGCAGGAGGAUCAGAGUGAGUGGGAGGCUGAGGGCCCGGAUAGCCCGCGCCCGUCGCGGAUGCGGAGAGUCAAGCAGAUGGACGCGUCGGAGCGCGAUCUGACGAUGCGCCUCGAACUCGCGCGACGCAAUAGCCAGAAUCAACAUGGUCGGGAGCUGUCGACGCCUGGAUCGGAACCUCCGUCCGAGGAGACGAUAUACGAAGCAGAUGAGCCGCCUCCGUCGUUCAGGCCACUUUCCCGGGCGUCCCGAGCGUCGAGGUCCCUCCCAGAAAUUCCACAGGAUGUCGAGAGCUUGCGGUCGGGCACACCCACUCUGCGUGCACCGUCGCCGCUCCCGAGUCGACCCACGAGCCCGGACUCGCGCACCGGACGGUCGCUCUCGCGCAACUCAUCCGACCGCUCUGACCGCAAGCCGAUGGGACCCCGAAGCCCCUCACCCCUCCCUCGUAGCCCUACGAUGCUCCCCAUAAGCCUUUCGUCCGUCAACUUGGAAUUGGAAACGACAUUGGUUAACGCCGCAUCUCCGACCACCCCCUCUCGUCCCCUUCCCUCAACGACUACAACUCCAAUUCCACGCAGCAAACGCCAGCCGUUCGAGCCCGUGCGCUCGAUGAACCACGAGGUGACCCCACGCGCCGCUGAGCGCGCGGAAGAGCCGACGAAGCCGAAGAGCAUCGCACCGCUGUCCGUGACGAAGAAGAGCUCGGUGCGCUCGAACGCGUCGGUGCUCUCCGCAGGCUCGCCCGGGUCCGCGCGCAAGAACUCCGCGAGCCGGCGCGUGUCGCCGCUCGGCAAGGGCGCGUUCGCGAACGGGUCCCCGCGGCGCGUGUCGAACCAGCGCGAGCGCGCGCCGAAGCUGCCCAGCCUGCUCGAGAGCCUGGACGCUGCGACGGAGGCUAUGGACACGCACGAGGUGGACCGCCUGGUGCGGCUCGCAGAGACGACGAAGCAGGACAUCGACUCGUCACGGCGCGCCAUAAAGCGCAUCCGGUUCGAGACGGAGAAGAUCACGGCGGCGUCGCCUGUGCGCAGCGCGGUCGCCGAAUGGGAGUCGCGCCCGGUGUCGCCUACGAAGCCGCUACGCACGCCCCAGCGUGUCACGCCGCCGGCUGCCGCGUCACCCGCGUUGACGCGGGAGGCGCUGGCGCGGCGGGAAGAGAUGAUGCAGGCCAUCGGGCGGCGCAUGGACGGGAGUGGGGGCACGCCCCGCGCCCGUCCACGGACGCUGGUGGAGAGCAGUUCCUCGUCUUCGUCGCUGGGGGCAGGGAGUAGCAGCAGUCCCAAGGCGCAAGAGGUGGCGCGCAGCAUCGAGGACAUCGCCAUCGAGGCGGACGGCAAGCUCGCCCAGGCGCUGCGGACACAGGAGGAGGUCGCAUCGGGUAUGAAGAACCUCCUCACGCAGCUGCAAGAGAAGUCGACGGCGCUCACAGCCGCGAACAUCGAGCUGGCGAAUGUGAAGAUGCAGCGCGACGUGUUCAGCGACCUCAUCAAGGACAAGAACGCGGAGGUGGACGUGCUCUACGAGUCCUUCAACGAGGAGCUGCAGGGCAUGUAUGACGACGCGACCCUCCCUGAGGACGAGGCAUGGGCGGCGAUGACGCGCGACCUGAAGGCUGCGAAGAGAUCCGAGAAGGCGGUGCGGCAUGAGAACCACCAACUGAAGCGACGGAUAAACGAGCUUGAGACGCAGCAAGAGCAAUGGGCGCACAUCCUGCGGUCACACGGGUUAAUACCUUGAUGGUCGAACUACAUUACGCGUGUGCUGAACACUACUGGUUAUGGUGC